AGCUUCAACCUAAAGAAAUUCAAAUAAAUGUUUAAACUUCAUUUUUAAUUUUUUUUGCAGGACUUUUCCAAGGCUGAUGCCCGUAACAUGAGCGCUGGUGUCUUUGACAUUAUCUGUGGAAGUUCAGGAAGCGUGUUGCCAGGAACCAAACGAGGCCCGGACCAAAUGCUAAGCUCGAUGAGCCCCAUGAUGGACGCGACGACCGCCUACGCCAACCACUUGACGACGGCGUCGACGACGACGGCGACGAUGGCCGCCGCCACGACGGAAAACAACAACGAGGCCAAGAAGAUCAAGGUGGAAGGCGGGAAUGCGAAUAACGGACCCUCUCGCGUCGUCCACAUCCGCAAUAUCCCCAAUGAAGUGACGGAGGCUGAGGUGAUCCACUUGGGAAUGCCCUUUGGGAGGAUCACGAACGUGUUGGUGCUCAAGGGCAAGAACCAGGCGUUUCUAGAGUUUGGGGACGAAACGAGUGCUGUCCAGAUGGUGGCCUACUUUGGCACGUGUGCGGCCCAGUUGCGAGGAAGGACUGUGUAUAUUCAGUACUCGAACCACAAGGAGCUGAAGACGGACCAAAACAGCUCCAACGCGGCGGCGCGGGCCAUGAACCCGGGCGUCGGGGUGGCUGGUGGCGUCCCUGAUACUCAAGGCGGCCCCAACACGGUGUUGCGCGUCGUCGUCGACCACAUGUUGUAUCCGGUCACGUUGGACGUGCUGCACCAGAUCUUCUCCCGCGUCGGCCGCGUUCUCAAAAUCAUCACCUUCACCAAGAAUAAUACCUUCCAGGCCCUGAUCCAGUACCCGGACGUGGUGACGUCGCAGUCCGCCAAACUCUCCCUCGACGGCCAAAACAUCUACAACGCCUGCUGCACCUUGCGCAUCGAGUACUCCAAACUCACGAACCUCAACGUCAGGUUCAACAACGACAAGAGCCGGGACUUUACGAACCCGGGUCUGCCGACUGGAGACGCGGGCCUGGAUUCGGCCAUGGGCGCCCUCAGUGGCGGUCUCGUGGGCCAGCCCGGGUUUGGUGGCCUAGGAAUGGGUCUAGCUGGCCUGGGGCUCACGGGCAACUUGCCGUCGUCGUUUGGGCUGGGCCACGCGGGUGCGUUUGGGAUGCCGGGCCAUGGCCAGCCCAUGCACGGCGGCAACGUGUUGUUGGUGUCGAAUUUGAGCGAGGAUCAGGCGUCGCCGGAUGCCCUGUUUACUCUGUUUGGCGUCUAUGGCGAUGUGCAGCGCGUCAAGAUUUUGUACAACAAGAAGGAUUCCGCGCUGAUCCAGAUGACGGACGCGCACCAGGCCCACCUGGCCAUGACGCACCUGGACAAGGUGCAGGUCUGGGGCAAGCAGAUCCGCGUCAUGGCCUCCAAGCACCAGCAAGUGCAGAUGCCCAAGGAGGGCCAGACGGACGCCGCCGAGCUGACCAAGGACUACGCCAAUUCCCCGCUGCACCGAUUCAAGCGUCCGGGCUCCAAGAACUACCAGAAUAUCCACGCUCCGUCGCACACGCUGCACUUGUCCAACAUCCCGCCGUCGGCCGAGGAGGACGCCAUCAAGGCGGCGUUCGAGACCGAGGGCUUCUCUGUGAGGAAUUUCAAGUUCUUCCCCAACGACCAUAGGAUGGCGUUGAUUGAGUUGGCGAGUGUGGACGAGGCGGUGAUGGCGCUCAUGAAAUUGCACAAUCAUCAGUUGUCGGAGACGAACCAUUUGCGAGUGUCCUUUUCCAAGUCGGUCAUCAAUCACUGAGAGUUUCUCCUGCUAUAAUGGUGGCGACGGAAAAGGACGCCUCUCUUCGUGUGUCUGUGUGUUUAUGUUUGUGUUUGUUUGUUCGUCUCUCUUUAAAUUUCUUUUGGUGGAGGGAGAAGAAGAGGAAGUAAGAAGAAGAAGGUGGUGUUUCAGAUCUUUGUUGCCAGGUUUUCAAGUUCUCGCCGACGUUCCAUCUGAAGAAAGUAGAAUGAUCAGUGAUCCCCAAUUUGGUUUGGGCCUGCGGAUGAUAAAGUUUCCAUAAUCAUUUCUUUGCAGGCUGCCAAAAUUGUGUGCAAUUUUUACAGAUUAGCAGACGCAUUUUUUUUAAUGCCUGGCAUGAAGUUUUCCAAACUAAGUUUUGAAUGAUAAAAUAAAGUGAAGAACCAAUGAAGCAGUGGUGAAGAAAUUCAAAAAAUCGGAAACCUGUACUUCAAAAAAUUUUUCUCAGAACGAUGAUUGCUGGAAAUAUUUAAUUUCAAGUGUUCACUAGGUAAUUUCAACUGUCAUUGUCUUUCCGAACUUUCAGAUAAAGAUUCUAGAUUUUUUUCAUGGCAAAUCUCGUUGAAUUAUCAUUCGUUCUUUGGCACGAAACGCAUUUGUCUUAUAAAGAGUUGUCUCUAGUAAAUCCAAGUUCAUUUUUUGUUUGAGGGCUUCGCAAUCUUUGAUUGGCGAGAAAUUAUUGAGUUUAAAAAGCCUUGAUGAAAAAUGUUUUAUGUAAUGGUGCAGGAGUUGGAAACUUUUUUUUAUCGCAGAGUAAGUAUCAGUCUGAUUCCAAAAUAUAUUAGACUUCUUCGAUCCUGGAAAAACUCAAUAAAAUAAAAUGAAUCUUAUUUUCGCAGGCAUUUGCAAUAAUAUAUCAUGGAAAAAUAUAAUAAACGUGAAUUUUUGGAGGCAUGCUUGAUGAAAAGCAGUGGAUAAAACUGAAAAACGCCGAAAUGUAUUGUUAAAUUUUUGAUAUCAUUUGUAUGGAAUUCCAGAAGCUAAUCUUAGCUUAUCACAAACCUGUAACUUGUUAAAUUAAAAUUUCCUCAUCAACGUUAAUGUGUUCGAAAAAAAGGCGCCUUCAAUUUUCGCCUGUGGUGGAACGAGUGACAGAACUUUUUCAACUGGACCUCGAGAUGGAGAAACUUGAGAAAAUUGAUUUUUUU